AAAUGUCAGUUGUGUGUGGGUUUUGUAUUUAAUUGUCAUCUCUUUCUCUCUCUCUCUCUCCUAAUCUAUACACUGAACUUGAUCCCUAUUUCCUUCCUUUCCUACUUUUUUUCUGGUUGAAAAAAUCUGAUAAGAGAUAUAGUGAAAGUGUAACAACUAUGGAUGGAUCCACAUCUUUAGAGAUCAUACCAGAGGCAGAUGAACAAGAACAUGAACAAGAAGAAGAAGCUCAGGCAUCCAAAAGAAGGAAGAUAGUUCAGAAAACAGUGGUGACUGUGAAGGUGGAAGCAAAUAAGUAUGGAGGGAAGCAGAAGAGUGAAGGGCCACCACCUUCAGAUUCUUGGUCAUGGAGAAAGUAUGGUCAAAAGCCUAUCAAGGGAACCCCUUUUCCAAGGGGGUAUUACAGAUGCAGCACUUCAAAGGGAUGUUCAGCAAAAAAACAAGUAGAGAGAUGCAAAACAGAUACCUCAAUGAUAAUCAUCACUUACACUUCAACCCAUAAUCAUCCUUCUCCCGAUCUCUCUUCCUCUUCUUCUUCCUCUUCCAUAACCAAUCCCUCUCAACAUGAACAAACCAACCAAAACCAAAACCAAACACAAACAGAAGAGGAAGAAUUAGAACUACUUCCAAUCAUCACCACCACCACCUCAAAAAAGGAAUAUCAAGAUCCAGAUCAAUAUAAUAAAGAAAAAGAAGAAGAAGAGCAUGAUCAUUACCAAAACGACGAAGAAGAAGCCCAUGUUUUCCAUUACUAUUCCCAAUCACCAUUCAACAGUCUUAUAAUUAACCAUCAAAGAGAAGAAUACCCUUUUGGUGAUAACUUAUGUUCUAAUCAUGUCUUCUUUGAUGGUGGGGAACCACCACCUCUCUCAUUAGAGCCAUCAUCAGAGUUAUUGCCAAUGGAGGACGAAAAUGAUGGCAGCUUCUUUGACGAACUGGAGGAACUACCCAUGUUUCCCUCAUCGUUUUCCAAACUUAUGACGUUUGUUCGAUGAGAGCUCACCCUUCUUCAUGUGUCCUACUAUUAUGCAGUUUAUCUUGUUUGUUCAUAUUCAAAAUAAUAAUAUCAUUUCGGUCUUUCUAUUAGUAUGAAACAGAUGUUAGAUUGACAACAUUAAUGUUUGUGUUAGUACUUAACUUUUCAAGUCAUAAGAU